ACAUUUGAUUUUAUAUUCCAACACGCUGUGUCUGCAAAAUUUCGCGAAAAUUUAUUCGAUGCUCAUCUGAGUGAAAUGUUUCGCGUCCUUAAACCAGGAGGCUGGGUAGAGGUAUAUGGAUCUCCAGCCCACAUUGUUGAUGCCGGACCUGCGACCGAAAGGUUUAUAUUAGCAG